GUUCCGAGGCUGGGGUAAGUCUAGGUCUGGGAGAGGCAUGAAGGCAGGUUCCUUCAUGACUCUGGUCGCUCCUCCGAAUUGCUCUCUUUCGCUGCGCAGGCUUGUUGCCGUCACUCUGUCCCAGCUUUGCUCAUCUCCCAACUUUCGCCAUGGCUCCCAAGAGGGGUACUUUGAAGACUCCGGCUCCAGCUGCGGUACAGAAGAAGCAGACUCCGGUUAAGACCGUAAACCCUCUGUUUGAGAAGAGGCCGAAGCAAUUCGGUAUUGGAGGAGCCCUUCCGCCCAAGAGAGACCUUCACAGGUUCGUGAAAUGGCCCAAGUACGUGCGCAUCCAGCGACAGCGACGUGUUUUGAACCAGCGUUUGAAAGUGCCACCUGCGUUGAACCAGUUCACAAAGACUCUCGACAAGAACCUGGCUACGAGCAUGUUCAAGUUGUUGUUGAAGUACAGACCUGAGGACAAGGCUGCGAAGAAGGAACGUCUUCUGAACAAGGCGAAGGCUGAAGCUGAGGGUAAGACUUUAGAGUCAAAGAAGCCCGUGGUGGUCAAGUACGGCAUCAACCACAUUACAUACCUCAUUGAGCAGGGUAAGGCUCAGCUCGUGGUCAUCGCCCAUGAUGUCGACCCAAUCGAAUUGGUAGUGUGGUUGCCCGCGCUUUGUCGCAAGAUGAAUGUGCCAUAUGCCAUCGUCAAAGGAAAAUCACGCUUAGGACAGAUUGUGCAUGCCAAGACCGCCACGGCUCUUUGUUUGACGUCAGUGAAAAACGAAGACAAGCAUGAGUUCUCCAAGAUCAUCGAGGCUGUUAAGGCUAAUUUCAACGAAAAGUACGACGAGCAUAGGAGGCACUGGGGUGGAGGUAUCAUGGGUGUGAAAUCACAGGCCAAGUCGAAGAUCAGAGAAAGAAUUCUCGCCAAGGAAGCUGCCCAGAGAGCAGCUUAGAUUUUGCAGGGUCUUCUGUCGGCCGGGCACCAUGGCACUUCAGGUUUAUUCUUGGAGGGAAGUUUAGUAACCUUUUUAAGUGGAACGUGGGGCCACCAUUCUUUCCUGUCAAUCAAAUUUAUAUGAUGAUGUGUUUGGAUUUGAUUA